AUGACUGUGACAUACCCGCUGGAUACACCGCUUAGCCGGAAUCCAGUUAUCGCAGUAACGGUACUGGGUGCUCUGGCGACGUUCACCACCGCGUUGCGAUUUUUGGCGCUGAAGAUGAGACGAGUGAGUCCAGGAGCGUCUGAAUAUAUUAUCUUGGUAGCAUUGGUUAUUGUGUAUGCCGACAUUGCACUCGAAUAUAUUCUCACCAUUAUUGGCGGAGCGGGCCGAAAUUCAGGCGAAAUCGAGCCAUCAUCUGUGGUUUUCACGUUGAAGGCAAUUUUACCUCUCGAGGCUCUUUAUGGAAUUGUUCUCGCCCUAGUGAAGACAUCAAUUAUGCUCUUCUAUACACGCAUCUUUGGCAGCAAGCGCAGCUUCCAGAUUCAAGUCACCAUUACAAUGACUAUCGUGUGGAUUUGGUCAGCCAGUGUAGUUCUCGAAACUUUCCUACUCUGUCGCCCGCUGAAGUACAACUGGGAUACUUCGAUUUCUGGUACCUGUGGUGAUCGCAAUGCGACCUACGUUGUUGCAGGCGUGAUGAACUUGAUUACGGAUCUAAUGGUGAUGGCCCUCCCCAUCCCUCACAUCUGGAAACUUCAACUCGGCACUGCAAAGAAGAUUUCUUUGUGCGGUGUCUUUUGCUUGGGUCUACUGGUCUCUAUCAUCAGUAUCGUCCGUUUGGUAUCCUUAAUGGCAAUCGACUUCGAAAAUAUCACGGAAUCCGUUCAAAUGGGCGUCAUGUGGACUGUCAUCGAGCCUGAACUUGCCAUAAUCUGCGCAAAUAUGCCUCUUCUCAAAACAAUCCUGGCUCGCGUGGCUCCUAGUCUCUUCUCAAGCGGUCAAAAGGGAUACAGCGGCUCUGGCUCUCAAACCUUUGAACGACUCCAAGAUUCACAGGCCCGGAAUAUUUACCCGAUGAAUCGGUUCGAUCAUGAGCCUGUCCAAACGCAAAUAUUGACUACACACGGAAGUGAAUCACAGAGGAAUCUAGCAGAUAAGAGAGUAAAUGCUUUUGUUGCAUCUGAUACUGUGGACUCUCACUCGAAUUUGAGCUCUACUCCUCCUGGGACAAUUAAUGUGACCCAUGACUUCCAUGUACAACACCUAUAA